AUGACCGAAGCGAAGAAGAACAUCGUUCUCAAAAGUCACGAGAAUAUUGUUAAAGGAGCUCAAGAUGUGAGAGAGUAUCGUGGACUGGAGUUAACUAACGGACUCCGCAUUCUUUUGGUGUCCGAUCCAACAACAGACCAAUCGGCAGUGGCACUCGACGUCAAAGUCGGAAGCUUCAUGGAUCCAUGGGAGAUCCCUGGUCUUGCACACCUCUGUGAUCACAUGCUGUUCAUGGGAACUGCUAAAUAUCCAUCUGAGAAUGAGUACUGUAAGUUUCUCGCAAGUCACGCAGGGGAGUCCAAUGCGUACACUGGAACCGAUUAUGCCAACUACCACUUCGAUGUGCAGCCAGAACAACUACCUGGGGCUAUCGAUCGUUUUGUUCAGUUUUUCUUGUCUCCGCUAUUCACAGAGAGUGCAACAGAACGUGAAGUAUGCGCCGUUGACUCGGAACACAAGAACAUCUUGAACAACGACUCACGGCGUGUAAAACAAGUUUACCGUUAUCGUUCGAAGCCUGGAUAUGACUUUGGAAAGUUUGGAACAGGUACAUAUGAGUUUGAUGCAAUUGAAAACAAGAAGGUUACUCGAAAAGUGUGGAACGAUCCCCCAUAUGGUCCCGAGCAAUUAGGAAAAAAAGUUGAAGCUGUCCCAAUCAAGGACUCUAAAUGGUUGUCGAUCAGCUUCCCAUUUCCAGAUCUUGACAGCGAAUAUAAAUCUCAACCAGGCUAUUAUAUCUCUCAUUUAAUUCAACAUGAAGCCCCUGGAUCUUUGCUUUCUGAACUCAAACGGCGCGGAUGGGUUAGCGAAUUGGAAUCUGGUUUUCACACGCCGGCGUCCAUCAUGUCGAUGAGAUUAUUGAGCUCAUGUUCAACUACAUCGGAAUGCUUAAAGCUGAAGGACCGAAAGAAUGGAUUCACAAAGAGAGCACCAAUGAGUCUGGCUAUCAAUGCAGCAUCAAAACUUCGAUAUAUUCCGUUUGAGGACAUCCUUUCUUCAAGUUAUCUUUUAACAAAAUACGAUCCAGAACGAAUUAAAGAGCUUCUUGAUAAAUUGACACCCGCUAACAUGUACGUUCGAGUUGUAGCUCGAAAGUUCAAGGGGCAAGAAGGAAGUACCAUCGAGCCAAUAUUUGGGACUGAAUUUAUAGAGAAGGACAUUGAUGAAGUAACAAUGCAGAAUUACGAGAACGCUCUUAAAACAAGCCAUCCUGCUUUCCGUCUGCCCAAGAAAAACGGAUACAUUGCAACCAAUUUUGACCAGAAGCCACGUGAGCCCAUUAAGAGUGGCCACCCAAGACUAAUUGUUGAUGAUAGCUGGAGUCGAGUUUGGUUCAAACAGGACGAUGAGUAUAAUAUGCCAAAACAAGAGAUUAGGUUUGUUGUGACUUGCCCAGUUGUAUACCAAGAUCCUCGCUCUUCGCUUCUUUUCAAACUCUGGCUUUCGUGCCUUGGCGACAUUCUCUGUGAAGAGACAUACUACACAGAUUUGGCUAAUUUAAAUGGCUAUGUCGAAUAUAGCUUAUAUGGUGUUGAAAUGAAAGUCAACGGAUACAAUGAGAAGCAGUAUCAGUUCACAAAAGAUUUGACAAAACGCAUGAGCAUCUCGUUUAUGGGAACUCUACUGAAAAGGAAGUUGUCAAAAGAACUGCUUGAAAUCCUGAAGGAUGCUUUUCUAAACUCCAGACCUCUUUAUCGCAAUGAGCACUGCAAACGGCGUGAGGUGCAGUUGAACAAAGGGGAUGAGUACAUCUACAGGCACCUUCAGAAGACACACGAUGUUGGUUGUGUUGAUGUUUCAUUUCAAAUUGGAGUUCAGAACACAAAUGAUAAUGCAAUGAUUUGUCUUAUUGAUUAG